AGAGAAUUAAGAUGGUGAGUGUUGAAGAUAUCCGAAAGGCACAACGUGCAGAAGGCCCUGCCACUGUCAUGGCUAUUGGCACCGCCACUCCUCCCAACUGUGUCGAUCAGAGUACAUAUCCUGAUUAUUAUUUCCGCAUCACAAACAGUGAGCACAAGACUGAGCUCAAAGAAAAGUUUAAGCGAAUGUGUGAUAAGUCAAUGAUCAAGAAGCGGUACAUGUACUUGAAUGAAGAGAUCCUGAAGGAGAAUCCGAGUGUGUGUGAAUACAUGGCACCUUCAUUGGAUGCAAGGCAAGACAUG